AGAGCCCCAAUCACGUUGCCCCAGCGUAUGAAAUGAUGCAUGCUGGUGCCACAGCAAAUACACAGAGCCCCCGCCAUCGUCUUGAAGCCCCGCAGUCGGAGUCAUUAGCAGUCACCACAACAGACAAUAAUAAAUUCCCCGACUGCCUUACCUUGCAGUGUGAUUUACCUAAUUCAAACUACCUAUAGUCCAAGGGAAGAAGCAUUGCAUUGUAGCACUUCUGUAGCCAGCCAUGGAUCUCGUCAACAGUCUCGAAGGCCGUCUUCUUUUUGCCGUACCAAAGAAGGGUCGUCUCAAUGCUGCCACACUUAACCUCCUCGAGGGCGCCGACGUCCAAUUCCGUCGUGAGAACCGUCUCGAUAUUGCUCUCGUCAAGAAUCUCCCUAUCGCACUGAUCUUCCUCCCCGCCGCCGACAUUCCAACCUUCGUUGGUGAGGGCCGUUGCGACCUCGGUAUUACCGGAUGGGACCAAGUCCAGGAGCACGAUGCCUCAGUCCGUGCCUACAACCACCUGCGGCGUAGCUCUGUUGAUAUGUCUUCAACCGACGAUAAGGUCGCUGGCUCUGACAUGGUUAUGGAAUUGGGCUUUGGCAGCUGCAAGCUGCAAGUCCAGGUCCCCGAGAAGGGCCAGUAUAAGACUCCCGAAGAUCUCAUUGGGAAGACAAUUGGGACGAGCUUCGUCAACCUCGCUGCCGACUAUUUCCUGAAGCUUGAGCAAGGCGAAAAUACACAGGGAGAGCUUUCGCCUCGCAAGAUGCGCACCAAGAUUGUGGAGCUGAGCGGAAGUGUGGAGGCUGCAUGUGCUCUCGGUGUUGCUGAGGGCAUUGUCGAUCUUGUUGAAUCUGGAGAGACCAUGCGAGCUGCUGGCCUCAAGGCCAUUGACACUGUUGUCGACUCUACCGCCGUGCUCAUCAAGUCAAAAUCGCCUUCCAACCCUGAACUCAUCGACCUCAUCACCUCGCGUAUCCGAGGUGUUAUUACCGCUAAGAGCUACGUUCUGUGCCAAUACAAUGUCGAGCGAAGCCGCCUGGCUGAGGCGACCAAGGUUACUCCUGGGAAGCGCUCAGCGACAGUUACCACUCUUGACGAGGAGGGCUGGGUUGCUGUCAGCUCUAUGGUCGAGAAGAAGAAGAUUGCUCUGGUUAUGGACGAUUUGACCCGAAUUGGCGCUCAGGACAUCCUUGUGCUCGACAUUCACAAUGCGCGAUAAAGGAGCAUAUCUGAUGGGUUAAGCAAGAAGGCGUUGAUAUGCAUAGGCACCGGUAGGCAUGGGAUUCGUGGGCAAACGGCGCUCUGGAAAAUCAAUGGCUGGCUGGGUAUCAGGCUAAAAGAGGGGGAUUGUAAUGUAUGGCUGCAUGUAAGCGCCGUAUCACCUCUGUUAUAAUGAGAUAUCCCGAUUGAAACUUCAAUGACCAUUCCCCUCUCCAUGAGUGAAGAUCGGAAAAUUGUGCCUGGCCGGAUCCAGUCUGUGCCUGGACUUGGAGCUUGGACAGGAAUGAUCGACGCUGCAUGUGUCGUAUCACGAUGAGGCUGAAUGAUUUGAGAUGGUGGCUUGGCAGAACGAUUGAGGAAGAUUCUGCUAGAGGCUGGACAACAUGGCUGA